CCUCUCGCUGAAGAGGAAUUUUCAUUUUCCCUCUUUCGAUUCCUUCUUUCGACCGCCCUUUUAUUCCUCUCCCUUCCCUCUUUCGACCGCCCUUUUCUUCCUCUCCCUUCCCUCUUUCGAGCGCCAUCUUCAUCGCCCUUGAUCGCCCUUUUUGAAGCUCGUAUACAGAUCGUUCAUUCAGAAGCUCAUAUGCAGAUUUCAUGCUAAGGUCGUAUCGAAUGGGCUCUAGGGAGUGGAUAACUCUACAUUACCCAGACCCACAAUUUGUAGAUGGUAUGAUGAGAUUUGUGAAGUUCGUAAAAGAACAUCUUCCUGGUAGAGAAUCCAUUCAUUGUCCAUGUACCAGAUGCAGAUGUCUACGUUUACCCUGCCUAAUCGAUGAUGUGGUGAUAGAUCUGAUUAAAUAUGGAUUUAAUCCAACAUAUAAGGUGUGGAACAUGCAUGGUGAGAAUGCAUCGCCCAAGUGUACUGAACGUGCAUCAACUUCUCACCAGUGCCCUAGUGUUGCAGACUUAAACAACAUUGUUAAUGCGGUUGUUGAAGACCUCGGUGGUAAUAACCUGGAUAAAGUUAUUCAAGAUGAACCCAAUGUAGCCCCUGAAGCUGAAGACAUUACUGGAGAUACUUCAACCAAUGAGUUUGAAGCAAAUCUACGAGAUGCGAUGACUGAGCUAUAUCCUGGUUGUCACAAAUUCACCGUCCUGACCUUCAUAGUGCAACUCUUUAAAUUAAAGGUGAACCAUGGAUGGAGUGAACAAAGCUUUACGGCUCUUCUUCAACUACUCCAGAGUGUCUUGCCAUCCGGUAAUAAGACUCCAAUUAAUACCUACCAAGCAAAAAAGAUCAUUAUAAAGUUGGGUCUUGAUUAUCAGAAGAUUCAUGCAUGUCCAAAUGACUGCAUGUUAUACUGGAGAGAGCAUGAGGUGAAGACGAGUUGUCCAAACCGUGGUGCUUCUAGGUACAAGACAGAAGUUAAUUUGAAGUCGAGACGAGCUCAAGUACCUAAGAAGGUGUUAAGGUAUUUUCCAUUAACACCAAGGCUACAAAGAAUGUACAGUGUGCCAUGGGUGGCAAAGGAGAUGACCUGGCACUCAACCGGAAAAAUGCAGAGUGGAAAGAUGGGGCAUCCGGUGGACUCUAGCACAUGGAAGUUUGUUGACAACAAGUAUAAGGAUUUUUCAGCAGAAACUCGUAAUGUUCGAUUAGGUCUAGCCACAGAUGGGUUUAACCCCUAUGGCACUUUCAGCACGUCGUACAGUUCUUGGCCUGUUAUGUGUGUGACAUAUAACCUUCCACCACAUUUAUGUAUGAAACCGCAAUUUACUAUGCUCACUUUGCUCAUUGAGGGACCACGACCGCCUGGGAAGGAUAUUGAUGUGUAUUUGGAGCCGUUGAUUGUUGAGUUACAAGACUUAUGGCGGAAGGGGAUGACGACAUUCGACGCAUACCAUGGAAACAGGUUCAACAUGCAUACCAUCUUGCUGUGGACAAUUCACGACUUUCCCGCAUAUGAUUCCUUGCGACUACGCCAUGGAAAGAAACACGUUUAUAUGGGUCAUAGAAGGUGGUUGCCACUAAACGAUGAGGCCAGGAAGGAUACAAGUGCGGGCACCUUCAAUAAGAAGGCGGAGCCACGACCACAACCGAUUCGUCUAACUGGGAUUGAGCUUGAAAGCAUCACUACGAAACUAAAUGUGCAGCGGGGGGAAAUCAGAAAGAGGAAACAAAUGGGUACAAAAGGAGGACAGGAACAAGCUGAUGAUGCUGAAUCAUCAUGCUUCUUGAAGCGGUCCAUAUUAUAUGAUCUGGAGUACUGGAAGGAUAUUCCCGUACGCCAUAACCUUGAUGUUAUGCACAUUGAGAAGAAUGUAUGUGAAAUUCUUAUUGCACUAAUGUUGAACACAACUGGAAAAACUAAGGAUGAUGCCAAUGCACGCAGAGACUUGAAGUGGCUAGGAAUAAAGAAGCGUCUAUGGUUAGAAAAUAUUAAUGGCAAGGUGAUCCAAAAACGAGGUCCUUUCUUGCUUCGAAAAGAAGAGAAAAAAAUUUUCAUCCAGACUUUACGUGAGCUUCGUGUUCCGAUCGGUUUUAGUGGGAAUUGGAAGAACAUCGUAAAUGAAGAUAGUGUGGAUUUAAAGGGUAUGAAGUCUCAUGAUUACCACGUGUUGAUGCAACAUCUGCUUCCAAUUUUGAUCCAACAUGCAUUCAGGGAUAGUAAGCAUAUGCGCACUAUAAUUAGAAGCUUCUGUACCUUUUUCAAUGCCCUAUGCUCGCGAACCAUAGAUAUUGAAAUGUUAAUGGUUCUCGAGAAGGGUAUGGCAAGGACAUUAUGUGAGCUUGAGAUUACAUGCCCUCCUUCAAUUUUUGUUGUGAUGAUGCAUUUGCCUAUUCACUUGGCUUACGAGGCUCGCGUAUGUGGUCCUGUCUACUAUCGAUGGAUGUAUCCAUUCGAAAGGUUCAUGAAGACGUUUAAGGCGUAUGUCCGCAAUAAGACACGACCUGAAGGUUGUAUAGCAGAACGAUACAUUCAAGAGGAGACACUUAUAUACUGCAACCAAUAUAAAGGCAAAAAUAAUACAAGCCUCUUGGAGAAACUGGAAAAGCGGUUUGACGGAUCAAUUUCACUACUGCCGAAGUUGCAAGAUAUUGUUGAUGACUUCGAUGUUGAUGAGGUUGGUCCAGUUGGCCUUGGUCAAAGUGUCAUUUUAGAAGGUAUUGAAUACGAACAGGCUCGCACCUGGGUACUGAAGAGUCAACCCAACUAUGAUACAUGGCAAGGGAAAUAUGCUAAUUUCUUGAAGCAACGAACCGUAGUUGCCGGGAAGAGGACUAAGGUGGCGAGUGAUGAAGAGUUCAUACCUUGGUUGAAGAAACAGCUAGACUUGGAUGAAUCAAGUAAUGAAGUCUUCAAAGAUAUAGUUAGGGGACCAAAGGCUUUUGCAAUGCAGUACAAUAAGUAUUGUAUCAAUGGUUUCCUCUUCGUCACCAAGGAUUACGAAGAGAAUAAAGUGAACCAGAACAGUGGGGGUAGCACAGAGAGUAUGACCACCUUCCGAUCUAGUGCUAAGGACAAGAAUACAGUGGAUGAAUCUGUACCUUAUUAUGGGGUCCUAUGCAAAAUCAUCCAACUGGAGUACCGAGAAGGGUACAAGCCAGUCCUACUAAAGUGUGAUUGGGUGAAGGUGACGCAUCAAGGUGUUUCUUUCGAUGCUGAAGGGAAUUUGAGAUUGGUGAAUUUGUCUAAUUUUCUCAGUUCAGACCAAGUGGGUGAUGAGCCGUUUAUUCUUGCAGAGCAUGCCGUGCAGGUUUUCUAUUCUAGAGAUCCAAAAAAUCCUGAUUGGCAUGUGGUCUUGGAGGUUCCAAGAAAGAUUUUCGUCGAAGAUGAGACGAGCCUUUUAUCAGAAACAGGGGUUGUAACUGAUGCUGAAGUAGGACCUAAUCUCACUGAAGUAGAGAUGGGUGGCGAGUUGUUAUUCAAUGACAAUGAAGAUAUUUGUGUGGUUGUUGAAAAGGAAAAGAAAAGAAAGCGAGUAGGGAGAAAAAGUUGA